AUCCGCGAAAGUUGUCCGAGAUUUGUUGAGGAUGCUUCAAAUAGUCACAGUGUAUCAUCAACGGGGUACCUCUGCGGUACCGCCAUGGCGAAAGAUCGGCCGGAAAACUUUGAAAAUCGCGUUGAUACUGCUAAAAAAGAGCUGCUGUUAAUUGUCCAAAAAAUUGACGACCUUUGCUUGACGACAAAAGCUGCUAAAUCCUGGGAUGUUUACAAUCAAUUAAAGGGUUCUAUGGUAAAAUUUUCUGUGAAACGCAAACAUAUUUUUCUACUGGGUUUCAUCGCUUGGAUUUUUUAUUAUUUUGUCAAAAGUCACUUCAGUGAUCUUCAAUUUCAAAAGUGCUUGAUUGAGCCGCCAGAUAUUUUCCAAAAGAUUUUUCGGCCCGCUGAAGAUUGUUCCAUAUGUCAGAGUAUCCAGCAGGUUGAAAAGCUUGCUAAUAUUGAUCCUGAUUUUUUUGAACAGCGUUAUGCAUACUCUGGCAAGCCGGUGGUAAUAACAGAUGCUACUGUGAAUUGGACGGCUGCACAAUUGUUUUCGUUUUCAUUUUUCAAAUCUCUGUACCAUGGCCGAGCUGCUAAUUGCCAAUUUUUUCCAUACAAAACUGGGUUUAAGAGUCUGCAAGAUGUCUUCAAUAUGAGUGAAGAUAGAAUUCUUUUGAAACCUGGGUCAGAACCUUGGUAUGUUGGCUGGAGCAACUGUGAUGAGAAAAUAGGUUCAAUUUUACGUCAACACUACAGCAGACCUUAUUUCUUACCGACCACUGCAGAAAGCGAGAAAACGGAUUGGAUUUUCAUGGGAAGUCCCGGUUACGGUGCUCCGAUGCAUGUCGAUGACGUCGAUCACCCCUCAUGGCAGGCGCAGUUAAAGGGCUCCAAAUUGUGGAUUCUCGAGCCUCCGCGUGAGUGUUAUUUUUCUUGCAAAAAACUACAAGUUGUCGUGGAACCUGGAGAAAUAAGUGAGUUUUUUAUUUUAAUUGAUAACUAUUGA